AGAACGCGAUCCCCCCCCCCGUCCAGCUGCGUCGCCAGGCUCUCUUUCCCCGCCCCCGGCCCCUUCCCUCGUGGGGGCGAAAGGAAAAGCGGCGAGCCAGCUGUUGCUGCGAAGAUGGCGAGCCGCCGCGUCUUCUGGCUGCUCUUCUGGCACUUGGGCUUCCUGGGCUAUUAUAAAGCGUAUGGAAUCGUCGUAGAGACAGACACGAAAGAUGUUACAGCGAAUGAAUUUGAGGAGGCAUUUCUAAGCUGUAAACACAAUGAAGGGAAGGAAGCUACAAGAGUAGAAUGGAAAAAAAUUACCAAAACUGGAGUUACAUUUGUCUACUUUGAAGGUUCCUUUGUUGGUGAUUUUAAAAAGCGAGGAGAAAGAGUGCAAUCAAGCAUCCGCAUUAAAAAUGUGACUAGAAAGGAUUCUGGGAAAUACCGUUGUGAAAUUAGUGCAUCCACGGAACAUGGACAACAAAUAGGGGAAGUUAUAGUCUCUCUCUUAGUGUUGGUCCCACCAGCUCCUCCUGCUUGUGAAGUGCCCAGCUCAGCUAUGACGGGGACAGUAGUGGAGCUGCGCUGUAAAGAAAACAAUGGUGUUCCUGCGUCAAAGUACAGAUGGUAUAGGAAUGGCGUUCUUCUGCCGGAAAGCCCAGCAUUGCGGAGCAUUAAAAAAGAGAGACUUCCUUAUAUCAUGAAUGCUACAACUGGAACUCUGCUAUUCAAUUCUGUUUCAAAGAAUGACACUGGAGAGUACUACUGUGAAGCUGACAAUAAAGUUGGACAGCCUCAGAAAUGUUCUGUAAAGCGAAUGCAAGUUGAUGACCUUAAUGUAGGUGGCAUCAUAGCUGCGGUGGUCAUUGUGGCUUUGAUAAUAGCUUCCUGUGGUCUCGGGGUAUAUUAUGCACAAAAGAAGGGCUACUUUUCAAAAGCACAUUCUUCAGCCAGGAAGAACAAAGCUGCAAACAGUGAAAAGGAUUUCAAGCACACCAAGUCCUUUGUUAUUUAAAAGAAACCCACCCUCUGAGGAACACCAAAUGAGCAUUUGCUGGAGCAGAAUAUCAAAGGGAUGCUUGGACUCUAUUAUAGAAAUAUUAAGAGUGGUACAUGCAAAAAAUAAACCAAUGGCAAAGCCAAGGCACUAUUGCUAAAAGCUGAAGACACACGAUUGUCAAAAGUUGUUUUAACGUAGUUUGAUAGUGCUUUUCUAACCUGGUGGUUGUAGAUUACGCAAUUGUAAGGGGUUUCUUACUGUGUAAUGUCCCCAAAAGGAUAGGAGAGGAGGUGAUGAAGUGCACAAUUCUAGUCGCCACAUCUCAAAAAGGAUACCAUGCAACUAGAAAAGGUGCAACCAAAAGAUCAAAGGACUGGAACAACUCCUCUAUGAGGAAAGGUGACAGAUUUAUAAAAUUGUUGAGGAAGUGGCUGAAGUACCCCCCCCCCCGUAACUCCAGAACUUCUGUGCCAUCCAGUGAAGGUAACCAGAGAGUCUGAACAGAGAAAAGGAAAUAGUUCUUUACACCAUACAUAGCUAACUUGUGGGUUUUGCUGAGCGCAACUAGUUUUGAUGUCUUCAAAAGGGAGCUAUACAAACUCAUGGAUGAUAAGAGUUAGAAUUGGCUAUAUACACUUUUAUGAUGCCAGUUGCUUGGGAGUAAGUGGAGAGGACAAUUGCCUUCAUGUCUUCCUUGUGGGCUACCUAGAGGUGUCUGGCUGGUGACUUUGGGAAACAAGAUACUGGAUUAUAUGAAGCCAGCCCUCUAGGAAGAACUGUCAGGAGUAGCCUGAUCUGGUCAUUACUGCCCUUGGAUCCUUUGGGAAGGGCAGGAUAUAAAUUUAGUAACUUAAAUAAUUUAACUAUUCAGGGCCAAUAUUUUGGGCUGGGGCAUAGAUGCCUCUAAGGAAGAUUUGUCCUUUUCUCCAUUGUGCAGGUCAAGACAACUGCAACUGCUACCAUACUUGUUAAUGUUAAGGGUGUAAUUCUACCAUCAAGCCAGCAAGCAGGCUUUGGGAAGAACUGUGCAGUAGGAACAGUCUUGACUUGUUGAUCUUAUUUUCUCUACUCCUGCAUCCUGGUCCAGGAUAGCUAGAACCUCAAAAGACAUCAUGUGUAGAGUGAGUGAGGAUUUUUCCUUGUUCUAGAGUAGAAGAUCUACAUGUGAUGUCUUGCCCUAUAAACAACUUUAUUCCAGCCUGCUUGUAAGCUAACUUUAAAGGCCUAAAUGGCAGAAAGGCAAUAUAUGAAUCAAUCAAAUAAAGAGCUCUGCAGUUUAAGAGCUUUUUACUCAUAAUUUUUGUGGAACAUGAUAGGUCCCACAGCCAAGAUCAGAAUAAUAUUGUUCAAAGCCGUUUUUGCCUCCACUAUUUAAAUGUCGUGACUCUUUCAGUCUAUCUAAACAAUAACAAAAUUAUGCAGGUAUAGGUCUGUUGAAGUGUAGUGCAUUCUUACCACUGCUCAUUUUUCUCCCUUUAAACCCUAUUUAUGAUUUAUUUUCUGAAGACUGUACAUUUUGCCUGAGAAGAAAUCCUUUUCACCACUCAAUGCUAAUGAGUGCCUUAAUGUUUUUUUAUAUAAAAAUCUCUUGGAUGGCAUUAUAAAUAAAUCACAUAUGCUUUGUUACUAGUGUGAUCAUGAUGCUGAUGUUUAAGACAAAACAUGGGUAUGAAUGUUAGGUUUCUUAAAUAAAAAAAAGCAAGACAAAUUCCUAAGCCGGAUUCUCAUCUCCACCCAAGAACCUUAAACCUCACAGCUGGUAUAAUUUCUUGCCCUAACUUUGUUGUGCCAACAUUGUUAGCCUCACCAUAUUAUAUGUAUCUUAUUAAAGAUGUGAGAAAUGUGAUUACUACUCCUAGGCUAGGGAUGGGGAGCCUGUGAUGCUUUAGUUGUUGCUGGAUUGUUGAUGGACCCAAGACAGCAUGGCCAAUGGGCAUAGAUGGGAGCUGUAGUAAUGCAACAUCUAGAAGUCCACAGGUUCCCCAUGCUUCCUACAAGCAUUAAUAGUGUAAUGUGAUUCUUUUUGUUUCAAGAAUAAAAACCUUGUAUAGGAAAACCUUA